CGCCAAGGCUGCCUUAUUCGAUGAUUUCAUUCGGUCAUAAAACACUAUUUGUCGCUAAUUGUAUUCGAUUUUGUUAAAAUUCAUUCGAUUUUGUAAAAAUUCAUUCGAUUAUGCGCUAAAUUCAUUCGAUUAUGCGCUAAGUUCAUUCGAUUAUGCGCUGAAUUCAUUCGAUUAUGCGAUGAAUUCAUUCGAUUAUGCGAUGAAUUCAUUCGAUUAUGCGAUGAAUUCAUUCGAUUAUGCGCUGUUUGCAUGUGAUAAAUUAUUCGAUGCGCUGAAUUCAUGCGCUAAAUUAUUCGAUGCGCUGUUUGCAUGCGCUAAAUUAUUCGAUGCGCUGUUUGCAUGCGCUAAAUUAUUCGAUGCGCUGUUUGCAUGCGCUAAAUUAUUCGAUGCGCUGAAUUCAUGCGCUAAAUUAUUCGAUGCGCUGUUUGCAUGCGAUAAAUUAUUCGAUGCGCUGAAUUCAUGCGCUAAAUUAUUCGAUGCGCUGUUUGCAUGCGAUAAAUUAUUCGAUAGUUUUGGCGCCUCAAUCAAAACUCAAGGAUUACAAAAUUAAUAUGGCUGACGAAAGAACACGAGCUAUAUUAAAGAAACUUGGAUUGAAACACCUUAUUUUGAAGUUUAGUGAAGAAAAUAUAACCGCUGAUUUGAUACCAAAGCUUUCUCUAAAGCAUUUCGAAAGCUUAGGUGUAACAGAUAAUGGAGUUAUAAUGAACUUGAGGGUAAAAUUUUGCAGCUUUGGUGGAAUUAAACCACAAAAGUUAAAGUGGGAAAAUGGAGGAGCUCCAAAAUUCCUAAUACCUGAAGAAGUCCUACAAAACCUACUCAAUGACGGCUGUCUUAUUUCGGAGAUCAGCAAUAUCUUAUGCGUUUCAGAAAGAACAAUUUAUAGAAGAAUGGAAGAGUAUGGGCUUAAAAAGCAUAACUUUACAGAAAUGUCUAAUGAAGAGUGUGAUUCAAUUCUGAGCACUGUGACUCAAGAGUUUCCUAAUUGUGGCGAAGUUAUGUUACGAGAACUGUUAAGGGAACGUGGGAUACGAAUUCAAAGGCAAGUGCUAAGAGAAAGUUUGCAGAGAAUUGAUAAAGAUGGUAUUCAGUUUAGAAGCAAAAGGAGGCUGCACCGUCGAAUCUAUAACGUGCAAGGGCCAAACCACUUGUGGCAUAUAGACACAAACCACAAAUUGGUGCGCUGGUAUUUUAUAACUACUGGGAUCGUUGAUGGGUUUAGCCGGUUACCUGUCGGUUUAUUUUGCACCGAUAACAAUAAAUCGGACACUAUUCUUCAAUGUUUUCAAUUCGCAGUCGGCGAAUAUGGUCUUCCAAGCAGAUUGAGGUGUGACAAAGGGAAGGAAAAUGUUCUCGUAGCAGAUUACAUGCUAGAAAAGCGUGGAACUGACAGGCGAAGUGUGAUAGCAGGUAAAAGUACACACAACCAAAGAGUGGAAAGACUUUGGAGAGACAUUUUUAGUGGAGUGUUGUCUUAUUUCUAUAACCUGUUUUACUUUAUGGAAGACAAAGGUAUUUUAGAUGCGACAAAUGGAUUGCAUUUGUCUGCAUUGCAUUAUAUAUAUAUGCCCCUAAUUGUUGCUAAGCUUGAAUGGUGGAGACAAGCAUGGUCUACUCACCGAUUGAGAACAGUCAACUCUUCUCCCAUCAGAUUGUGGGUUUCUGGACAGAUGACCAAUCCUGUGGGUAUUGCCCCUCAUGAGGUUGAUCAACUUUAUGGAGUAGAAGGCUAUUUAUCCACUGAAGAGGAAGAACCUGAGGGGAAUGAGAGACCAAUCUUUGUUUUUCAUCAGCAGAUAAGUCAAAAUUGUUUUCAAGAGCUUUCAGAAACUAUAACGGAUGAUUCUAAACAUGAGAACAGUGGAAUUAACAGCUAUUAAUGGCAGAUGCACAAAACAAAGAGAAUGGAGAAACUGAAUACAUAAGGAAAAGAUCUGUUGAGCAUUGUAUUUACAUCUACACUCAAUGAGUUUAUUUAUCAUUAUAAUUAGUUAUCAUUGCUUUCAGAUUGUGGAAGCCUUUCCUAUCAUGCUACACCUUUUCCGACCCAAUCCUAAUGCUACUUUCACUUUUAAAAAACUGGUCAACUUGCUUCAGCCAAAAUGGGCAGCUGAAGGGUCAAACGAACAUUACAGGCAGAAAAAGCUUUAUCCGUCAUUAAUGAAAUAUUUGAGGCAAGCACAUGGUGGAAAACGUUCGGGUGUUUCGCUUCCCGAUGUACUAAGGUUUGUCACUGGAAGUGAAGAAGAGCCUUUGUUAGGAUUUGCACUGGCCCCUUCGAUAAAAUUUGUUCCGGUGAUGGAAGAAGGUCGAUUUCUUCCGACAAGUAACACUUGCAUUAAUCAAUUGCAAUUACCAAUGGAAAGUAAUGCUAUUUCCCUUCCAGACGAAAACGCUCUGUUCGGUUUAUAUGACUUAGCCUUUUCUAGUCGAUUUUUUGGACAAAUUUAAAAGUCGUCGACAGUUUUAUUAUUUAUGCCUAUUAGGAACUUAACUCUUGUGAUUAAAUGCAAACAUUUAUGCUUUCUUUCGUUACCUUUUCACUGAUUCAAAACUUAUUUUAUAAUUGGUAGUUGUUUACUUGUAAACUUCGUUUUGUUUACGGUGUCCCUUUCCAAAGGGACACUUAAUUUUUGUUUUAUUCAGAGAGAAUAUUUUUUAUAUUUUAGCUCUUAUCGUUUGUAUUCAUUUUCUUAUAUUAUAGGAGAAUAAAUGUUCCGUAGUUUC